AUGGACGCUGUCACGACGGCGCUGCAGCGCUUCGGCGGCAUCGCUCGCCCCACCCAGGAAGCGCCCUUUGCCCGCGGAGCAGGAAGCCGCUACUGGCGCACGGCCUGGCGGGAGCGGGUGGCUGCAGGAUUCCUGGUUGCUGAGCCUGAUGUAACUGCACAGAUGGACCACGAAGAAGAACAAGAUCCUGAGGCCUCAGAGGAGACACACAUGGAUGAUGAGCUAGGUCCCCUUCCAGAUCACCUUGCAAGCACAGAUCUGCAGGAUGUGUUGGCAGUGGGAUCCAGGGGAGGAGAGGAACAGUUGGGAAACAGCCAUGGAAGUCGGCAUGAUUCCGCAGGAGCUCAGCAAGGUGACUGUGAGGAAGAAGGGGUGACUAAGCUGCCUUCUUCUAAUAUCAGCCUGGUAAAAAAAUGGGACAGAAGGACAUCAGCAGCCUCACAGGGCACUCCUUGUGCAGGGCUACCCACCGUCCGCUCUGAGUGCGGCAAGGGCUUCAGUCGGAGCAUCCAUCUCAUCCAGCACCAGCGAAUGCACACUGGGGAGCGCCCCUUCCUGUGCAGGGAGUGUGGCAAGGGCUUCAGCCAGAGCUCCCAUCUCAUCCAGCACCAGCGGGUCCACACGGGCCAGAAACCCUACACCUGUGCUGAGUGUGGGAAGAGCUUCAGCCAGAGCUCUAACCUCCUUAAGCACCAGCGCAUCCACACCGGGCUCAAGCCUUACAUGUGCAGCGAGUGUGGCAAGAUCUUCAGUGACAGCUCCACCUGCAUCAAGCACCAGCGCAUGCACACAGGUGAGCGGCCCUACAAGUGCCCAGCCUGUGGGAAAAGCUUCAGCCAACACUCCCAUCUCCUUCAGCACCAGCGAACCCAUGAUGGCAUUCGGCCUUACGCCUGUGGGCAGUGUGGCAAACAUUUUGGGCAGAGCUCUGACCUCAUUAACCACACUCGUACCCACACUGGUGAGAAGCCUUACAAAUGCAGCCAGUGUGGCCGGGGCUUCAGUGGCAACUCCAACCUCAUCAAGCAUACCCGUAUCCACACUGGGAAGCAGCCAUACCACUGCACCCAGUGUGGGGAGAGCUUUCGUUUCCAGCCCCAGCUGGUGCGCCACCAGAAGCACCACACGGACUAGCUGGUGGAGUGGAGAAGGCUUUGUGGACCACAGGCAGCUACCUGGUGUUGGGAAGAUGCACAGCUGCUCCCUGGACACUUCAUAUGGGACAUGAGUUUUGUGGAAGGGAGCCGUCAGAGCCUUGUCCCCUUGUGUUCUGGGUAGCUCUGAGCACUGUCCAGGCACUUCAGCAGAGGGAGGCUGCUGCAAAACAAGCUAUGUUCACUGUGAUGCAGAGGUUGUUCUGAGCCCCUCUCUUGGGGAUAGGGAGAGGAAAGGUGCUUAUAUGGUACGGUAUAUUCAAGGCCAGAGAAGAGAACAUAGGACCGGUGUCUUUCUCUGUUAUUUCUAGCAGGGAAUGGUUUUUAUCCCAGUAAAAAAGAGCUAAAAUCUGUACCUGUUUGCUGUACAAGCUGCCUGGGUUUUACCACAUGGUAAGGCCACAGCCUGGGAUGAUCACUCCCUUUAGAAUCCGCAUUUCUCACUUGUCAGUGGUCUUGGGUUUGGGUGACAUUAGUACCUAUUUAUUUUAAAGUCCCACAAGACUGCUGCGUGCCUCAGCAUACAUGUGCUUUCUUGGGAUGUCAUCUAUGGAGCAGUAUUUUUGCUGGGUUGUAUAGUUGUUACAUUGACAGUUGCACAAAUGACAGCUUACUCCUCAGUAUUAAUUAAGUAAAUUAACAUCCUUAUGGGUAUUUCUCUCAGAUUCUUGUUUAGGUACUUUUGUGGGUGGCAGUUUAUGAAUGUUUUUUAUAAGGCUCCUAAAAGUAUUUAGGAUUACUUUUUUGAUUGUGGUGGUCUAAUUGUCAGUUGAUGAGCAGAAGAAGGAUGACAUUUGAAAAAUAAGCUACGUCAAACUUUGAUUUUAUAUUAAAUGUUAAACAUUUUUUCUUGCAUAGAACUUUUUAACUCAAAUGCCAUGGUUUUGUGUUGUUACUGAUUAUGAGGAGGUAAUUAUGACACUGAUUUCUAGAAUUCAGGUGAUAUUUUUGCUAGUGGUUUCGACAUUUUCAAAUAAUGACUUUCUAAGAAAUCUAGGAAAGGCAGGAUUCUGAGAAAGCAGAAGGAACUGACCUCUGAAGAGAUCUUCACUUGGAGAAUACUACUACUGGGAGUCUGUCCUUUAAAGAAAUCCUCUCAGGCAACCGGUUGGUGUGGGGGAGGAGAGGGCUGGCAGUAAUAACAAAGAUGUUAACAUAUCUAGCAUGGAAGAACUCAGUGUAAUGAACGUGGCAGUGUACGCUGAAAUGCCUGUUCCACCCACAGAGCCAAACAGAAGAAAUUAUAGUAUGCUUUAGGCAAGAAAAUGAAGUGAUCAAA